ACUCCUCCCAUCUCCUCCGCAACCCGGCGCUCAAGCUGGACCAGAUGGUAGCAGCGCACUCGACUCGCACACGCAGCAAGGUCCAACUUACAACACCACGAGCUAGGCUCUCGAGAGCUGCUACCCGACGCUCAAGUAAGCCCGCGCUCUGGGCCGCCGGAAUAGGCGCAGCGGUGGAACCGCUGCCACCGACGCAACCCUCGGCACGGAACCACCAAUCGCACGCAACGCAGCCUCGGCGGUGGCGCCAGCGAACUCCUAUCGCAGGACAUCAGCAUCGCAGACGCGGCGUGCGCAGGCGUGGGACGUACCGGACCCUCCCGGAGGCCGUCGCGGCUUACUGGUGUGUCGAGCGACCCCGGGCCCGGACUAGGCACGGCUGCUCUUGCUGCCGAAGCAGCUCCACAACUGUCGGCGGCGGCGGCGGCGGCAGCGGUACGGCCGGAGCCGGAACGCUUACCGGGAUUGCUGCACAAGGUGGUAAUAGGCUUGCAGAAGGAAGAAGAGGAACAGACGACGAACGCAGCAACAAGGCUGACCUGUAGCCAGUUGCUGCACAAUUGCCCCGGACGCCAAGAUGAGGCAUCACGAACCACCGGACACACCGCGCAGCGUUGAAGGGGCGCUCACGCAUCGCCCGCACUACGCACACGACCCGCAUAUCGGGCAUUUCCCCGUAGAAAGGCGCGGCCGCCAGGGCC